AUGGCUGGCCCAAGAAAACCGUAUCCCAAGAAGGGAUCUUGCCAGAGAUUUGUGCGUGCCUUCUGGGUCACCUUCCCACAUGGAUGUCUUGUUUGCUCUUUGGUACUCUACAGCGUGGUUGGAGCAUUUAUAUUCACCUAUCUUGAGGGGUCAAGGGAUGACAUUAGCUCGGACUUUGAUGAAUUUCUAUUAAAUCUAUGGAAUCUCUCUCAGUCUUACUGUACAGAAAAAGGACAUAAUGAUGCCCAGGAGAAUUUCAAGAAUAUAUCAAGAUUGCUAAUAGUGGAUAACGUUAAAGGAGCUUGGCUGCAGAAACCAGAAAUCACGUGGAAUUUUUUGGGUUCCCUGUUUUUCUGCUGUACAGUAAUCACUACGGUCGGAUAUGGCAAUACAUUCCCUGUGACUUUUGAAGGGAAAAUGGCCUGCAUUGUCUAUGCCGCAAUAGGUAUACCUCUGAUGUUGCUUGUCUUGACUGACCUAGGCGAUCUCCUCGCUGCUCUUUUGACAAAGACCUAUAACAAUUCCAGAGCUGCCGUUAAAAAGUUAAAAUUAUACUUGGCAAAAAGACAUUCCAGUUCCAAAAAGCAAAGCUCUAGAAAAUCCAGUUUAGCAUUAACACUUGACAAUCGAGUGUCUGUGAAGGAACCGCUGAACUUGACAGAAGUUCUAAAAAGUCAGACCUCUGUGAAAAGGAAUUAUUUGCACAUGCGCAACAUUGACAUAUUUGAACAUAUUAUUGACAAAGAAAGCCACCGGUUAAUAUCCAUGAAAGUCUGUCGUUUUCAGCGGUCACAUUCCUGCCCACAACUGGAUUUUAUGCCAUCUGCACACUCAGCUAUUUAUGACUUUGACAAAAUAGGGGAGGAGCUUGGCCAGUUGGAAUUGCCAAUCGUAUUAAUAAUAUUGAUUAUGGUGGGUUAUAUAAUGUGCGGUGCACUAAUUCUUCCUCUGUGGGAAACAAAUUGGGUCUUUUCUGAUGCUUUUUAUUUUUGCUUUAUAACUCUCACCACCAUUGGUUUUGGGGAUAUUGUGCCGGAACACCCUAACUAUUUCUUGUUAUUAUCAGCAUACCUUGUUGUGGGUAUAGCUAUUGGUGGCAUGGCCUUCAAACUGGGACAAAACCGAAUUGUUUGUUUCUACAAACGGUGCGUUUCUUGCAUCAGUGGAGGGAACGUAAAAAGGUACUCUAGUGACAUUGAGGAAUAAUUAUUUCUUAUGAUGCAUAUCAAAAUAUCAAAGGCAAGCUUUGUAAUGAAUACAAUUUUAUAGCAAG